AUGGAACUAAACUUAGACAAUACUUGCAUUUUUUGCGACAAGUCGUUCAAUCUGGAGGAUCGAAGUCCAUACUUUUUACCUUGUAAUUUUCAUACUUCUUGCAAGAAAUGUCUGAAUGAUGCUAAAAACAGCAAGAAACCAAAGAUCAGUUGUCCAAUGGAUGGAACUGAGCUGGAACUAUCACAGUUAAAAACUUUAUAGAAAAAUGCAUAGAUUGUUAAUAAAUUACGACAACUGGAGUAAUCUAAGAAAGACAAUAACGAUAAGUGGGUGCAAGAGAUAGAAGUCAGUCAGAUUGAAAAAGAUCCCGAGGACAAUGAAGAAAACGAUCAAUCUAACUCAGCAGUACUUGAUAUUUCCAAUCUAAAUAUCUCUAAGAGAUCUAAGAAAAAGAAAAAAAAGAAGAAAAAGAGGAGUGAACAGUCAAUGCUUUAGUCUAUGCUCUAAGAUCCGAAAUAGUACCUGGAUCAAACAAAUGGUUUAAACCCAAUUGUUGAAGAAUCUCAUGAAAUGACUCCUGCACACACUGAUACACUUUCUUAAAGAGAUCCUAAUUUCCCAUCUGCUAUAAAAGGUUAAUAGAGCCCAACCCAUGUCUAGAAAAUGAGUAGCACUAAUUCCCUAUUUCAGUCAUAGGAGAUUAAAUUACCUCUGAAGAACGAAACUAAUCUAAGAAACAAUAAAAUAGAACCAUCACUUCAAUAGAAUAUAGUUACUAAUAAUAAACAGAUAGAACCAAGGAAAUCCUCUGAGAUGAUUUAAGGAGAGGGAGAGUGCAAAGAGCAUCCAGGUGAGGAAUUUAGGCAUUUAUGUCUGGAUCACUAGAAACUGUUGUGUCCAAAAUGCCUAAUGAAGCAUAAAUAAUGUGAAUUCUAAACAUCUAAUGAGGUCUUUGUCUUUGAGAACAAGUAGCGAUUGCGAGAGCUAAUCAAAGACCUGAAUCAUGGGAUAUAAAUAACACAAUUUCAAAAGUCGAAAAUAGAAAUAGCUUAUGAGGAAAUCCUUAAUUUCAAAGAGCAUAACAUAGAGCUCAUUAAGUUUACAUUCGCUUAGUUAGCUAUGGAGCUUGAGAACAGAAAGCAGCACCUGAUAUUUGAAGUGGAACAACUUGUCAAAGACAUUGAAAUAAGCUUAAAAACUGAUUAGAGGAUCAUCAAUGAAAAAGAACAGAAGUAAACGAUUUGGAUAUUGCAGGCAAAGACAAUUCAAGGCAAAAUUUAUGAAGAAUAUGAAAAUGUCAACAAGCUCGAAGAAAAUCUUAAGAAAUUUUCAUAGAUAAACAACACCUAUCAGUUUUUCAUUAGUUCUGUUUAUGAAACGCCCACUCAGACAUUCUAAAUUAACUUAGACUAAAUGCGAUAUUCUAUACGAUAACUAGGAGUAUUUUCACACGACAAAAUAGCUUAGAAUAAGCCUAUAAUUGUAAACAAUCAGCAAAACAAUUUAAGUGCAGUUUCAUCUGCUAGAGGGAGAGGUAAAAGGGAGGAGAGGCCUAGGUCUCAACUUGACCAAUAGUUAUAGACUUCGACUAUAACAUAACAGGCUUUCCCAUCAUCAUAGUAGCAAGUAGCAUAAAUCUAGAAAUAGUAGGAUAGGCCAGUAAGUUCCUUGAAAACAACUAAUAAGAAAUUAAUUUGGUGCAAGUGGGGAUCUUAUGAUGCUUAUAAAUUUGAUGCGAAAAAUGAUAAAUGGCAUCCAAUUGAAGCUAAGCCUAAUUACCCUUACCUUUACUUCUCUUCAACAGUUCACUUAUCAAACUAAAGAGGAGCUUUAAUCAUAGGUGGUUCAGAUGAAGAUUCAAAUUAUUACCGAAGAGUUUUGCACUUUGAUAGAUACCAAUCAUUUUCUGAGAAGAAUCCUAUGAUUAGCAAAAGAGCUUUCUUCUGCUCCUUGCACUGCUAAAGUACAGACUAAGUGUUUGUAUUUGGAGGCAAUGAAGGGUCAACAGACCUUAAUGCAGUUGAAGUAUAUGAUUUUUAGUACAAUAAUUGGAUUGGCCUGCCAAACAUGAUAGAAGCAAGAAAUGGUGCUAGUUGUGUCAUAUUUGAAAAAUGCUAGUCAAUCUUUAUUUUUGGGGGAGCUAAUUUAGAUCAAGGUUCCCUAGAUACAAUAGAGAAGUUUUCAAUUGCUACAUAAACUUGGGAAGUAAUUAAUGUCAGGCUAGUUAGGCCCAUGCAUGACUUUGUUUGCCAUUCGAUUGGUAAGAAUAGAAUACUAAUCCUAGGCUAACCUGAUUCAAUCUAAAAUUAGAAUCAAAAUGAAGAUCAUCAGUAAUCACAGAGGUCUAUGGUCUAAGAAGUAGAACUGCAAGUAAUAGAUCUAUCCUACCAUCUAUAAAAUCAAUGCGUAAUACCCAAAUCUCUAGGCUAGGUAUAUCUGCCCACUUUCUUAGACUCUGCUGGAUUUCUCUACAUUUUCUAAGGAUACUUAGACUCAGAGCCUAAACUGAGUGUUACUAACGUGCAAACCCUAAUAUAACUGAAUUCAAAGAAUUUCCUAGAAUUAUUUGAUAAGAAAUAGUAGCCUCUGCUCUAAUAAUGA